GCCCGCCGGGUCUCUUACACAGUGACCAGCCGCGGUCGUCAAGGGCCCAUGAGAAGACUAAGAAAAAGCCUAGUAGAAAGGCAAGAAGCCAGCCAGAGGAGCAGUCGGAGGAGGAAGCCUCUGGUGAAGAUGCAGGACCGAAAAAGCCGUGUGGCCCCAGAUACACUGAGGCGGAAAACUGUGCUCUAGUGGAUGGCGUCGACAGGUCCUACGACGUUCUGUAUGGACCAAGGGCACAGACCACAGCAGCUAGGACAAAGCGAAACAUCUGGGAUGCCAUCGCGAGCCAAGUCACUGCAGUAUCUGGAAACCGCCGGAGCACCAGAAACUGCAUGAAGCGGUACAGUGAUUGCCGCAGACAGACCAAAAAGAAGAUGGGGAUUCAGCGCCGACAUGAGACCGCUACGGGAGGUGGACCGGCUCUCAACCUGAAGUGGCUACCCUGGGAGAAUGUUAUUAGAAGGCGCAUGAACCCUGCCAUGGUCGAAGGAGUUCGCGGAGGUGUGGACUCUAGCCGUCCUGCUGGCUUUCCCGAGGAGGAAGAACCGCCCAGAAGACGGAAGAAGGCGGGAGAUAAGCAGUCCAAAAGGAGGCCUGAUGACAGGCCUGCCCAGAGGACAUCACCUGCGCGCAGGACAUCGCCAGCGCGCGGACCGACACCUGCGCAGCAGGCAUCGACAGCAGCGCGCGGGCCGACACCUGCGCAGCAAGCAUCAGGAGCGCGCAGAUCUUCACCUGUGCGCCAGAGAUCGUCAUCGCACAUGGUGCCACGGACCAGCAGCGGACUAGCUUUGGGAAUUGGUUCCUACUACAGGCCGGAUCUCCUCCUACAGGAGUCGUCAGAGGAUGACGAGGUGGAAGUGCAGCAGGCUGCAGUUGCUACAUCCCUGUCUGCCCAAAUGCAAGUGGUGGCAGACGUCCAGGAAGGGCAGAAUCCCUCAACUGUUCAGAGGGUUCACACCCUGGCAUCGGUGAUUACUUCCCGCCAGGAUACGUACACAAAUGUUGUUGGAAGCAGACUGGACAACAUUGAGAGGACAAUGGAGAAGAUGUCAAACAGUCUGCUUGAAAUGCAGAAGGCUCUUGCCGACAGCACGGCCACAAUGCUACAGGUCAGAAUGGAAGAUCAUAGGGAGACUAUGGACGUCCUUCACAUUCUGGCCGAAUCCAUGAGCCGGCUCGUGGAGAACACAACAUGUCUGGCACACAGCAAUACCAACAUGUCGGAGAGCCAUCGACAAUCCUUAUCCAGCCAACAGCUCAUCGCAACCACACUGCAGAUGAUCUAUGACAAGCUCCCAGAACCAGCUCAUCAACAUGCUGGUGAUCCACCAUUUCCGCCGUCACAAGCCACAAGGACACCUCGUACCCUUCCUCAACUACCAUCCCAGUACAGACAGUCACAGAUGUACCAGGGAUAUACAGGGAUGUACUCCACCCACCAGAUGCCUCCACCACCGGCCGCCACAUCUACAGCCGCAUGGGCACAGAGGCCCAGUCAACGUACUACCCAGCCUCCCAGGACAUCGACACCCCACACUCAGGAGGAACACCAGGAUCCGGACAGACUUCCACCAUAAGCCCGGUCGUAUUGUUUUAUUUACUUCUAUGUUUUUCAUGUAUCCCUUUCUUCCCCUCCCAUUAGUUUUUUUUUUUUCUUACUAUUGUUUUUUCUUUGUUGGGCUUCCCCACCCGUGACCGGGUACUACCAAGGAGCUUUGUGUAGGCAUACAUGCGCGGGCAUGUAUGCGGGCGCGUGUGGUAACGGAUGAAAGCUCCUUGUGGCUACAUGUAUGAUGGGCCAAAGAGCAAUUCUGAUACCACUCUUUUACCCAAAAAAUCCUUUUUGUAAUGGUGUACAAUAGGCUUUCACUGUU